AUGCAAUCGCGACGUAGACAAAAAACAACACCGAUUUUGCAACCAAUGGAUUUAGUAGUAGAAAUUUCGGUUUUAUUAAAGUGCCUUGACGCAAACAUUCAAAAUUUAUUGUUCGUUGCACUGAUAUUCUAUUUUAUUUCAUCAUCAACAUCACGGGAAUUUGUCCUUGAUCUUUAUAAUCAAAAUGCAUCAUCUAUAGAGUUGAAUACUAGAAGCAUUUGUAAAUGCAAAGCAAAGAUUACAAGACUCAACGUGUACAACAGUUCGUUGACAGUACUACCAAGUCGUUUCCUAAAAAAUUGUAUUGGACUAGACGAUCUGAAUCUAUCGGGUAAUAAAAUUGUGGAAGUUAAACACGACACAUUCGAAAAUUUAACUGAUUUGAAUGGCUUAGAUUUGUCAUUUAAUCAACUCACCAUAUUGCCCAAAGUCCUAUUCAAAUCGUUAGUGAAUUUGCUGUCAUUGAAGUUGCAGGGAAAUCAAAUCCAAAUAGUUGAUUCAGAUCUCUUUUUUCAUAAUAUAUAUUUGUAUACCUUAUACAUAAAUAACAACAGCCUUAACGUUAUUCAGCCAAAAUCAUUUCGUAAUAAUCUUUAUCUUUCGAAUUUGCAUGUUAACGACAAUCGUAACCUAAGUAAUAUUGAUUUAUUUCCUGAGGACCGCGAGACUCUCGAAUUAUUAGAAUUAUCCAAUUGUGGGUUUUCUCAACUUUACAUCCCCAAAAAUGUUGAAGAAAUUGAUGCAAGCUUUAAUGAAAUAAAUUCAGUUACGGCUCACCCCGAAAGUGUAUUGAAAAAUUUGAAAAUUGAUCAUAAUUCUUUGGCCAAUUUAGCACGUUUACCACGAUUAGACAAAUUAAAGUUAUUGAUUAUUCCCAUAAAUGCCAUCGAAUUCUUUGAUUUCCAUGAUCUUUCACGUUUCAAAAAUAUACGGUUGUUGUCGAUAGACCUAAAUCCAAAACAAAAUAUUAGUGCGGCUGACAUAAAAACAAUUUUACCAUUACUCAGUGAUUUGUACAUAAAUUCUCCUGGCAUAAGCAUCGAAAAUAAAAAACGAAUUUGGUACGAUUUCAAACGCAACGGAAUUAGUGUUGUUAUUAAUUUCGAUAGAUCGAUUGAACGAUAUUUUGACGAAAACACUGAGGAUGAAGAGGAAUGUUAGAAUAGGUGCAUAGUUAUAGAAAAAAUGUAACCAAAUGAAAUUAAAUUGUAAACAAUUCUUUUUUACGGAGAAAUAUAGUAGGCAUUUUAGCUUGUAAAAUGUAUCAAAACAUUCAAUAAAAUACAGUUCGCUUGGAACAAAACUGAAAAAAUGAUAAUAGCAAAACAACAUGUAUAUAUCUUGUGAAUCUAAUU